AACAUGUUCGCAUCAUUCGCGGUAUUGAGGAGGGUAACUCUAUUCCUGCCUUAAGCUCUUACAAACAGGCACUCGAAGCCGCGAAAAAUGUCGGCUUCGAAGUGCUCGAAAAUGAAGAUUUGGCCUCAUUAUCCGAAUAUCAUGAACCUUGGUAUUCUACAUUGCAAGGAGGAUUUUCUUUGAGUGGAUUUAGGAUGACUCGUAUCGGAAGAUGGUUAACUCAUAAAUUUGUCUACGGACUCGAGUGUCUUCACAUUGCUGCACCCGGUUCUACCGAUGUGGCAAGUUUUCUUAACAGCACAGCUGACGCCUUGGUAGAGGGUGGAGAGAAGGGAAUCUUCACUCCGAUGUUCUUUAUUUUAAUGAGGAAACCGAUGGAGUGA